AAAGCGAGUUCCUAAGGUUAAGGAACAACAAACAACAAAAGGAAAAGGGCGGACAAACGGUCGGAGGAAUCGGCGUUUGACUUUCUUGGGAUAUUUGAGGAAUCUGCCUCCUCUGUUUCUCUUUCUCUGACUGCGCACUGCCAAAAAACAAAGAAUCUGUUCCAACAAUGGAGAGCCAGAGCCAGAGCUCGUGCCUGUCGUACGAGAAGAUCAACGGCGUCGCCAGUUGGCUUGGGACCCACGUGGCAUCCGCCUUCUUUGCCUCCCUUGAGCGCUGCUCCUGCAUCAACCUCUCCACCUCCGACGACCACGAAACCAACCCCGAGGAGGCCCAAGACCGCCCCCUCAUGCUCUUCGCCUCCCGCUCCGUCAACCUCAGCGACCACCGCCCUCACUACGUUUCUUCCACUUCCUCCGCCUCCUCCUCCUCUGCCCCUCCACCGAACGACGUCGUCAACCUCCCCGUCUGAAUGGGUGAAUCGGAUAGGUUGGGGUCGUUUUGUUUCUUCUCUCUAUAGGUUGUUCUCUGCAUCUUGAAUUUUUGUGGGUUUCAAUGUGUCCUUUUCAGGUUGUGAAGUUUGAGGUUGGAUCGGGAAAAUUGGGGUUGGAUUUGUUGUUUGUGUGAUUAAAAAUUAAAAUGCUUUUUUUUUUUUUUUUUUUUUUAAUCUCUGUGUGUUGUUUAUUGCUUCUCUUCCAAGUGAUAUGCAAUUGGUAUCGAUGUGAAGGAAAAUAGAAAGUCUUUCUGAAAUUUUAUGGGUUUGAUUUGAUUUCUUAUUGUGAUCAUUCUAUAAAGAAUAAUUUGUGUUUUGGAA